AACAGAGCAGCAGCUAUAAUAAUAAAAAUAAUAAUUUUAAAGACAAUUAAGUGCAUUUUAGAUUAAUACUUUAACUUAUUGAGACCCUGUGUGGCGGCUUAAGUUUUAAUUAAUGUUUCAAAGUAGUUUGGACUCAGAAGCUUGUCAGAAUGAGCAGGUUAGCAUGUGUCGGGAAGUCCUCAAAGGAUGCAGCAGCUGUAAAAGCAGUAGCCCCGAAACCAGAAGAUACCCCAGCAAGCAAAUCACUCCAACUAAAAACACAAAUAUCUAAGACCCCACAUACUUCACGGUCAGAGGAGAGGCAGCAUCCAUUGAUCUCUGAUGAGAGAGGAAACGUCAGAGGAAACACCAGGGUGGCAGUGGAUCCUGGUCCCAGGAAAGAUACCCUGGGCAUCAGGAGGAACUCCCACCCCGAUGAGACAGCAGUAAACCACAGAGCCUCUCGAACACCUAAUACCCCACAGAGUUCACGCUCAGAGGAGAAGCAGCAUCCAUUGAUCUCUGAUGAGAGAGGAAACACCAGGGUGGCAGUGGAUCCAUGUCCCAUGAAAGAUACCCUGGGCACCAGGAGGAACUCCCGCCCCGAUGAGACAGCAGUAAACCACAGAGCCUCUCGGAGUGAAGCAGGUCCACUUUUAAACCCUCCGUCCCCAGCUGACAAAACCCCACAUGGUCAAGACAAACCACCAAAACACUUUCCUCCUGUUCAUGCAGAAGAUAACUGUGUCAGUGAGUACAUGGAGCAGAGAAAUGAACCUGCACUCCAAAAAACCCAGUACCAAGAAUUACCAAAGUGUCCAAACGACCAAAGCACAGGAGAGGAAGAGAACGAAGAUGAAGAAAAGUGUGGAGAGGAUGAGGACACCGCUGAAUUUCCUGCUCCCCUUGAGCUACUUGCAGAGUUCCUAAAAGCAGUGAUGGAAAAAAACUAUAUACUCGCCAAGAAACUCUGCCAAAUGAUUCUGAUUUAUGAACCAGAAAACGCAGAAGCCAAGCACUUUCUCCCUCUCAUUGAAGAGAGGCUUCUGAUCGAAGAAGCACAGGAGGAUACCUGCAGUGAUGACAACACAUCUGAUGAUAACGGCAAUGAAGGCAGCACUGACGACGAUGAUGAUGGUGACGAUGAAAGCUCAGAUUCUGACACAGACUCUUCUGAUUGCAGCACAUCAUCAUCUGAUGUAGAGGAGAAAAACAUCAGCCAGCACCAAACAGCUUCUCUUUCUCCAUAGCUUCGACAUCUAUUCAUAACAUCACAUUAUAUAUUUAUAAGUUAGUUUUAUUCAUUAUGAUAGUAUUUACAUGGAAAUAACAUCAGUAUCAAAAUUGCAAUUUUUCUAAAGACUUAUUUUCCUCUAUGCAGAAAUUUUAUAUAGCAAACAGUCAGUUUGCUUCUCAGGGUGAUGAUUCACUUCUAGCAAAAUUCAUCUGUAAAAUUAAAUCAGUAAAUAAAUGUCAAAUAAAAAGAAUGUAUUUGGCUGAAACCGACCAUAAAAUUAAUAAUACAGCUCAACCACAUUUAGAUAUUUAUAUUUCUUUAUAUAUUUUUCCUAAUAUGUGUUGGUCUUUCUAAAAUAAGACCAACAUUGUGAAAAGACGAUGACUUGUGUCUCUCUAAAAUCCCAGUAUAUGCCUCAGUGUCAGUGGUACCUUGUAUGCAAAUAACACACGUCAUAAGCACUGAUUCAGAUGACAGAUGUUGGCUUCAGCACCUUUCACUAAUAACAGUCUGGAUGGUCCAUUUUUCCUGAAAACAAACUAAACCAUGGACUCAUAUGACCACAGCACACAUCUCCACUCGUCUUUUGGACCAUCUGAGAUGCCUUUUGGAUCUGGCUUUAGGUAAGAUUCUCUUACCUGUUGAGAAUUACCUGCUUAAUGUGGAAUGUUGCCAAACAGUGAUGGAACUAAAAUAUUCUUAAACUUUUCACUCUUAUUUUGUGUGUUUUAAGCAUUCAAUAAAGUUGAUCAGUGAAAACA